AUGUCGGGCGUGGAACAGCAGCAUCAUCGGAAGCAUUCAACGAAGCGUCGACAAACAACACCAUCGCCUCCGAGACCAAGAGCGAAGAAUGAGUACAGUUAUGAGGCAGAGGAGGAAGUGACCAUAGAGAAGGAGAAACGGAUGUGCAUGAAUGCUAUCGAGGAGGUGCUUUUGGUAGGCGAUGAUGAAGCCAGAGCAAUGGCUACUUCUCGCUCUUUCCUCAUCCAAGACCUCCUUCAGGCAUCUAAGAGUACAUGUGCUAGAACAAUCACAAAGGUGGACCUCAAUGCAUCAUCCCUCUACAAAAACGUAUGCUACAUAAAACAACGUGGAGACAUUUCAAGUAGCUUAGCCGAUGCCAAAAGGAGGCAUGCUGAGGUUGGAUACGAAUCUCUAGAUAAGAACCAUUUAAGCGACUUUGAAAGUGGUGCCUCAUCAUCCCAAGGGGAGGAGAAGGAUAAAGAAGGGAAGAAAUCAUCGUAUAACCAAAGCAAGCAAAACGAAUGGCCAACUGAUUCCAGUCAGCCUGAUGCGAACGGUGACGCCGAUAUUCCUGUGUCGCACAUAAGUUGUGGUACUACCUCCAUCGGCGGUCGAAAAGUUCGUCGCGCACGCACUGCCUUUACAUAUGAACAGUUAGUCACUUUGGAGAAUAAAUUCCAAUCAACGCGCUACCUUUCGGUGUAUGAACGCCUUAAUCUGGCUUUGGCGCUUAAUCUUACCGAGACGCAGGUGAAAAUAUGGUUCCAAAACCGACGUACAAAAUGGAAGAAACAGAAUCCCGGCAAAGAUGUUAACAGUCCCACAAACUACAGUCCUCCGAUUGCCUAUCCAAAUGGCAAAAAUGGCAGUAGUGACGGAAGCUCAGGUUCCUUCCCUAAUCCAGAUUAUAUUUCUCCAUACCUGUGUAAUACACAAACAUUCCCACCUCCCUCUACUUCUAAUGAAUCAAUACCUGGAACAUCAUCUCCCAAAUCCGAUGAGUCAGGAAAAACUGUAACUGACGAUCUGCGCUCUUACAUACAGUCUCAUUAUUCGAAGCUAAUGGAAUCUACUGGGGUGUCACAAAGAAAUGUACUGUCGGAGGAACUUCCUACAAAGGACCGUUCAAACUUGGAGAGCGGUGACAAGUCCCAAUCAGUGGAGCUAUCUCCAUUAGUAUCUGAGAGAUGUCCUAGCAAUUGCAACAGCCAGACAGCUUUUCUUUUAAGGGCGGCCUCCAUUGCUGCAGCGGCACUUGCAUCAGUGAAAACCGUGGAACUUGUUGCCCCGACAGAAGGCAUACCGACCCCACUAAAUCCGCCACUCCUAUCACCUAAUUGGCGCGACCUCAUCCCACAGGAGGCGGUGGCAUCGAUCUUCACUCAGCCUUGGUAUUUUGCCGCUGCAGCUCUUUCCUCGUUGAAACAGGAUCGCGAAACCACAACAACAGCUACGACACAGCCACCGACGCCUGUGUUCAACUGGUCGUGA